CACCGGUUUCUAACGCAACGGAAAAGUAAAACGGGCCCAGUUUUUUCCUGUUACUUGCAUUCAAAGCAUUUUAAGCCGCAUCCGGGCUAAAACGGUGGGCGUGCAUAACUACCGGUUCCCUACCAAGUGUUGACAAUUGUUUUGCCUUCAUCAUGAGCAAGAAAGAUUCGGAAAACGUUUGCUUCUGGUUGCCGAACCAAACGGCCGGCAAGAUGGAUGUGCUAACGCCACACAAAAUGAUCGUCGUCUUUCUCAUCCAGGAGUAUCUGCGGCUGAAGAAAACUGCUACCGAUGGUGUAACACGUGAUCAGUCGCAUCAGGUCGAGCUGAGUGCCGGUGACCGGAAGCGGUUCUGUCUGCUGUUGCUGAAGCUGAUCCAGUAUCCCGACCUACCAUACAAGGAUCUGUACGCUUUGCUGCUGUCACCGGUGUACGGUGUGCAUCCGGUGCAUUUGGAGGAGUUUAAGAAGCUGAUGAAGCUGCUAAAAACCGUCGGCAUCGAUGUCAUGUUCGAUCUAUACAACGAAAUCGAUAAGCUCAUUGUGGAAAACACCUCCAGCUUCCAGAUCGGUAUAGUGGGGCUGUAUUUGCGCAAGGUGUUCGUAACGAUGGACCGGAUGAGCUUUCACGAGAUGAAGGAUCUGUAUCUUGCCACCAUCGCGUACUACGACAAAGGCAUGCACGCAAUCCGGCUCGAACCCGAUCCGGACGCAAACUACGAGGGGGAUAGUGUGAAGCAAACCCAGAACCAGUACACUCCGAUCGAACCCUCCGACCAUGGGCAGCUUUCGGCCAAGUGGUCCGUUAAACAAUCGGAACUGUUCAUCGCCCAGCAGAGCGCACUGUUGAAGGAGAACGAAGCGAAAGCACUCCCCCCGAAGGAGCUACAGAAACGGCUAAAUGAAAUUAUUCAUGACCGUCCACACUGUUCCCAGGCGUACUUUCUUACCUACAUGAACAAUUUGCGUGUGCGGGAAUUUUUCGGUGCCGUGCACGCGUUACAGCGAGUGUUCGAUCGCAAUCCUUCAGCCGGUGCGCCACCGUCAGUAUCGACGGCCACAUCCGAAUGCAAAGAAUAUCAGUACUCGAGCCUCAACCUGGCUAUUUUGCAUGCUGAAUUUGGACAGCCCAAACUGGCCCGCACAUGCCUGCGGGAAUGCAUAAUGCUUGCGCAGGAAAAUGGUGACACAACGUGCUUACAGCUGGCCCAUGCCUGGCUGUCCCAUCUAGAGGGACACAGUAUGCCACUGCCGGACAAAACCACUAGCGGAAGUUUGUUUCACGCAACCUCGCUGCGGAUACUGUCCCAUCUGCGGCACGGAUCGAUGACCGGCGAACCUCCGUCGAAGCUGUACGGUUUACUGAUGGUAAACGAUCUGCUCAACGCUCAACGAUCGAUGAUGGAUCUGGUAGCGACCGGUAUCGCCGAACGAACCGCACUUUGGACCGUGUACGGGAAACACGAGCAGGCCUCACUGUGCGCCCAGCUGCUGCUGAACGUCGAUCUGAAAUCACUCGGCAAAACGUACAACGGGAAUGGAAUCUGUCAGGUGCUCUGCUCGCUCGUCGUCCGAUUAGCGCAUCUGGGCGAGUUUGGCCACGCACUCGUCGUGUUGCAACACACCAAACAACGGUUUCCACGCUACCCUCAAUCGCGCGACUGGCAUCUGGCUGACCAUUACGUCACGGUGCUACGUGCCAUCUACCGUGGACGUUGGGCGGAAGCGACCGGCGAAUGUCAGUGUCUCUUCUCAUACGAUCGCAACCUGGCACUGCUGCUGUUUGCUCACAUCGCUCUAGGGAAGCAGGAUUUUGGAAUGGGUGAAAAAUUCAUCGCGCGCCUCCUGCAGAACGAACAGUUGGAUCCGCUGACGCGCAUUCGUGCGAUGAUUCUGCACGCAAACGUAUACCUUCACUGUGGUCAUCCGAAAGCGUUCCACAUGCUAAGCUGUGCCCAAAUGUUCGCCCAAAAGUAUCACCUCCAGUACGAAGAAGCAUUGGUGAAUCUACAUUUCGCGUAUCUGCUGCUGGUGCAUUUGCAUGCACCGAUGCAAGCAUCGCUAUCGCUUAAAGCAGCGCUCGAAACUAUUCUCGCGAAUGGACCGAUAUACGAUCGCGCACGGGCCCUGUUUCUCUUCGCCCGCACACUGGUCGAGAUGGAAAAAGAAUCAUCAAGGGCGCAACGAUUACAACAGCUCGGUACGAUGUUGCCAACGUUCGAGGAAGCGGUCGAUAUGUUUGAAAAGCUGGCAUGUUACUGUAAGGCGAAGGAUGUGUACGUGUAUUUGGCCCAAACGUACCAUGAGCUAGGAUCGUUCGAGGAUCGUAAUCGCUACUCCUACCGGUACCGGCUGCUGGAGGAACAGUAUCCAACCGAGCGCCAGUACCUGAAUGUGUUUCUGUGAAGUGGUGAAACAUUACGCCGAGUGCAUUACCUUUGGCGAUACGCGCACCCCCGUCACACCAUACCGAUGACCGAGCAAUGGUGAGAACGAUUCCUCCCGGAACCCGCUGCCUGCCACCCAUCGCCACACACGAACCGUUUUGUCACUGUUAGGAAAACCCGAUUCAAGGGAAAGAGAGAGAGAAAAGAAGACAAAAAUAAAUGAAAUCCAUUAGUCAUGAGCAAUCUUCACACGGGAGAAUAGUUCCAAUAAAGGGGGAGUAACACCCCUUUGUGGACGCCCGGGACGGUACACCGCGAGAUGGCAAUCAUGUCACCGCCAACAUCGGCGCUAAUGAAGUUAAUGUAUGCAACUGAUCCAUAAUUUAUCACCGGUACAACGGUGUUGCGCAUCCGUUUUCCAGUGCUAAUCGGUUCCGAAUGGCGAUGAAAAA